AUGAGCUACUCCAGCAACCGCGACGAAGGGCAGGUGAUCCUAAGUUGCUCACACGUCUUCCACUCCCAGUGCUUUCGCUCCUUCGAGCGAUACGUGCGUGCUCAACAGAGAGCUGAUGCCCUUGGAGUUGCCGAGGUUAGUGCCCCACUGGCGUGUCCUGUGUGCCGCACUCAGAGCUACUUUAAGCGCAUCUUUUACGAGGGAAAAGCGGUAGCUCAGCGAGCGGCCAUCAUCAAGGUGCAAGCUGCUGUCCGAGGCCUCCUCGCACGGCGCGCCUACACCAAAGUAAGACUGCAGAGCAACCCAGAGUUUCGCACGCGCUACGUCCAGGAGCGUCUCGCCCGUCUGUCUGCUGCAUGGCAAACCUUUUGCGCUGAGCAGGAGCAACGUCGAGUGUGUUUGCAAACGGCACUCGCCGUGCAGCAAGAGAUGGUUCGCGCAGCCUUCCUGAGUGAAAAGGCAUGGGCGGAGCUCUGGAGGAAGGCGGUGCAUGACCCGUUCACCUCAAGCGAACCUGGAAGUUCGGCAGCUCCGUCUACGGCCGGCGCGUCGGUGCAGUGCCCUAUCUGCCUGGAGCUCAUUCACUGCUCGCACUGUCCCGGCACCGGGGCCGCCGCAUCUCGUGCAGGUGGUGUGCGCAGCUUGACUGGAGAGGACGCUGUGGCGGCGAUGCGGAUGGCCUACGAAGCCCGAAAGGCAGCCAAGCGUCUUCCGUCUUUCGAGUCGAAGGCGGCAAGGAGGUCUGCUGGCGUGCUUGUGGGAGCUGUGGUGAAAGGGGCAGCGUCGCGCAAGGCGGCCAACUCAUUGCCCCCUAUGCCCGGAGCUGUCGGCUCGGUGAGGAAUGGAAAAGUGGCAUCGCGGUGCGCACCGCAGCACCGAGUAGGGCGCCAGAAAGGAUAUACUCAAUUGACAGCUGCCGCGCCGUGGUCUGAGCAUGAGACUGCAUUCGCUGCGAUGUCGUCUGUCCAGGGAGUGGACACGGACGAGGUUGCCGCGGUGCUCCCACAGAGCGGGGUCCUGCUCAGCUGCGGCCACUACUUCCACGCCGCGUGCAUUGACUGCUACGAGCGAUUCAAUGAGAGGCGUUCCUUGGAAAUGGUGGAGCAAGAUGAUAGAGCGGUCGUCGUUUUUCCGAACCGCUGCCCCAUCUGCCGCUCCGGCUACGCCAAGCACCCGAUGUAA